CCAUAGAUCUGCCUUCUCAUGGCUCUGUGCCCCGCUUAUUUUUUUCUUUUCCUUUUUUCUGUUUCCACCCCCCACCCCGCCGUGUCGUGUCUGGCAGUGAAAUCCAGGUCAUCUCCGCUGGAUCAUCACACAGCCAGCAGCGGUGGCGGACAGACUCUUCUCGGCAGAUGCAACCGAAUCGCGAUUGUGUGAUUAUCUCACUCUUUUUAGAGUGACGGUGUUCCAGCACUCCCCCUGUGAGAGUGUAUUGACGCUGCACUCAAAAGGAUGAGCUGGCAUGCUGAUUAGAGCGCUGCUGAGCAGGGCUCUUUCCCCUGAGAACAGUAACAACUACACACCUGCCUCCAGUACCUGAGACCUUCACUACACCUGCAUCAGCCACCAGAUCUACCUGUCUGGAUCUCUCUCUGUCUCUCUGUCUGUCUCUCUCUCUCUCUCUCACUCUCUCUCUCUCUCUCUCUCUCUCUCUCUCUCUCUCUCUCUCUCUCUCUCUCUCUCUCUCUCUCUCUCUGUGUGUAAGGCAGCCAUGACCUGCGUGCUCUGGCUGGGGGGGUAACAGUGUUAAUUGGAGGAGAGGUGUGCUGGUUGCCGUGGUGACCCCGCCUUGACCUGGAAUAGAUACGUUGUCUCUCUGUGUUUCCCUGUGUCCCUGUGCUCUGCUGACCUUUCUGCACGGUGUUGCCUAUGAGGGGGUCAGUGGCUGGGACAUAGCUGGAGCCAGAACAGGAGAGCUAUGGACUCUUGAGAUGAAGAUGAAGGGAACUCGGUGGCUGUGUCGUCUCCAGCAGCCCUCUCUGGAUCGGACCGGUUAACGACGGACACGCGCUGUGCUGGAGGAGCAGUAUGCAGGAGGCUGACCUACCGGCCACAAAUGCUUUCACAGAGUGCAAGUUCUUGUGCACUAAUGGUCGGUGUCUGGACCUCGGCUCGCUGGUCUGUGAUCAGCUCAACCACUGUGGAGACAACAGUGAUGAGGAGAACUGCCCCGUGUCCACCCAGCACCCUCCGCCCGCCAUCCUCUACUCUGAACUGGAGUUUGUGCAGAUAAUGAUAAUAAUCGUGGUGAUGAUGGUGAUGGUGGUGGUCAUUAUCUGUCUUUUGAACCACUAUAAGCUUUCUACAUGGUCCUUCAUGAGCAGACCGGGCCAGGCCAGGAGACAAGAGCACUCUCUGCAGCCGGAGGGAUGUUUUUGGCCAUCAGAUAGUGGUUCCAGACAAGGAGCUUCAGAGGUGGUGUAUGCCCCACAGCCUCGGGAGCGCUUCAGCGCACCCUCCUUCAUGCAGCGCGAGCGCUUCAGCCGCUUCCAGCCCACCUACCCGUACCUGCAACACCAGAUCGACCUGCCGCCCACCAUCUCUUUGUCAGACGGAGAGGAGCCACCUCCUUACCAGGGCCCAUGCACCCUGCAGCUGCGGGACCCAGAGCAGCAGCUAGAGCUGAACCGCGAAUCGGUGCGUGCACCGCCCAAUCGCACCGUGUUUGACAGCGAACUGAUAGAUGCACCGCGCCCCCCCAGCAGCAACUCUGGCAUCAGCGCUGCCAACUCCAGCACCCGUGGCCGCAUGGAGGGCCCUCCACCCGCCUACAGUGAGGUCAUGGGUCACUACCCAGGCGCAGCGUUUUUCCUCCACCAGCACAGCAAUAACCAGUCCUCCAGCGUCAGCGGCAUUCAGACUUCUCCGCCCAUGGGCAGGACAGGCCAGGGCAGCCCGCAAAGCACAGUAGUCCCCAGCAAGGCCAAGGACAUGCAGACAGGUGACCUAGUGUGAGGUGGGGUAUGUGUGUGCAAGUAUGCGGGGCUGCCAAACCGCACCCUCUCCUUAUCCCCGCCUACAAAAGGGCGCGGUUGCCCUUUUCACACUCCCACGCACAACGGAAAACAAUGCAUCGGUCUUGACUUUAGGAAGAAAACAAAAAAAGGAAAAAGAAAAAAGCCACAUUACAUAAAGUAACCAAGUGGAGCUAAGCUUACAAAAUAAAGUUUUACUUUCUCUCACUUAAACAAGACAUGGUAGAGCUUUGUAGUGCUGUUUUGUACUUGUGUAUUACCUUCAAAUGAGAGAAAAUGAUACUAGCACAUAAGCCUUUUUUUGUUUUUGCGCAAAACACACACAUCCACAGGUAUAUGACUAUGACAGGACAUGGAAUCGAGGAGAAUUUUUUCCAAGACCAGGAUCUGUGCACAAUGUAAGAUUUUAUUUUAUUUUAUUUUUAUUUUUUUUUAUCUAAUCGUAGAAAUCCAAAUCAUAGUGCCAAGGUUUUUGUGUGGGGACUGGCCUGAGGGUAUAGACUCACUAUUAUACUUUCAAAUCAAAACACACAGAAGUUGCACUAUCUUUAUUGUGGAAAAAGAGAAGAGGAAAACUGAGAUACAUGUGGGGGUUUUGUGUUUUUUUUUUUUUGUUUUGUUUUGUUUUGUUUUUUUUUUCUUGGUGUUGUGUUUGUUUCAUUUGUAGAUUUUGAACAGAAGCUCCAAAGUUUGUCUGUGGGAGCAAUAGGGUCUUAACCUGACCUCUGCACAAGAGUUACCUGGAUCCAGCCUAAAAAUUCUCCUUACCUAACCUUCUCUGAAAACAUCGACCCUGCUCUCAGUGCUCGUCACUGACACUUUCAAUUUCAGAUACUUUCAUGCCUCUACCGAUGUCUCGAGGUCAGUUUGAUGGCAACAGAAUGUUAUUUUAUGUCACUUUACUAAUAGAAAUGCUCUGUUUUGUUACAAGUGUAGACUUUCUCUGAAGGUUUCAGAGCAGAUCUACAGGACUUUUCCUUCAUUGUAGUCGAGUUUGAAUUGUUUUGAUUCUGUGUCUCUCUCUCUUCCAGGCUUAAAGCUUACAAAAGAAACAAAGAAAGGAUAUUCAGUGAGCAGGGUCGUGUUAAUCUUAAAGUAAUUCAUUUGAAAACAGUAGAUCGUAAACAAGGUCCUAGUUGUGAUCUUUUAUACUUAUUGCACUUGGCCUAUGAGAAAAACCAAAAUGGCAUAUAUUUAUCAUCAGAACCGAUUAUAUAUGUGUGAGCUCUGGUCCUGUUCAUUGUUCGUCUUGGACAGAUGCUUCUCGUGGCUUUUCCUUACUUGAAAUGGCUAAUGCUGCCCAUUCGUGCACUCCUUCACUUUCAGCCCCUUUCUCACCAUUGACAUUCUGACUAAUAGGCCAUAAUAACAUGAGAGUGAACAAAAAAAAACCUAACCAAACCCCUUUUUGCAUGCCGAUGUUUGUCUUGUAUACAUCUUCUAGAUAGUAUAAUCAGGUUCAAAGAUGUGGUGAGACUAAGGGCUAAUGCGAGGGUUAAAUAUUAUUUCAUUUUUUUAAUUUGUAUUAUUAUUGUUGUUUUUGUUUUUUGUUUUAAUAUCUCAUUAACCCAGCCUUCUUCUGCUAUGUUGCCUUUUCUCACUCUGUCAUCAGACAGUGUUAACCUGACCCCAGCGCCAGCUUCUGCCCAGUGCACUUCCCUCCUUACUUGGCCCUUAGAUAAGCACUUAACUUGGGACAGCAGUGAUGUAACAUGAGCUCCUCUUCCUGUCCUUACUGAGUAAUGUUCAUUAAAGUAUGUAGGGUGAAAACUGCUCUAGGAAGGCAUGCUGAAGUUUUGUUAUAUAUAUAUAUAUAUAUAUUAGUCCCAACUGGACUGUGCUAACGCAGGCUCGGUCAAUUAUUGGUAGGACAUCUAAUUGAAGCUUCUGAGAAUGUUGCCAAACUAUGAUUUCUUCAUCCUCCUACUGAUUUCAUUCAAAAUGCACUGAAGAGCAGAACUGGUUCAAAUCUAGGAGAGAAUGAUGCCUAGAAACACAAGCUCUUACUUCGGUCACUUAAAAACGCACUCUGAAAUAUCCAGUCAUUUUCAUCUUUUAAACCAUAGAUGUUUGGGUAUGUUCAACAUGACUUGGUGCUAAAUUUAGCUUAGGAAAGUUUACAAUCUGAGCGACCUUAGCUAUUUUCUGUAAAACUCAUUUAGUCUUCUCAAAACAUUGAUUAUUGGUCAGAACAGUUCAGCUACAAACAUUAAAAGCUCAGCAAGCCUGUGGCACAUAGAGGGCAUUGCUUACCAAAAGGUCACUUAGAAAAACGGAAGUCUGUUGGCCCGCCAGGUGAACAGAGACCAGACUUGGACGUUUGAAUCUAUUGGGGUGGGGGGUGGUGGUUGAUUUUGAACAGGACCCAUAGGUACUUUUGCCUUCAAGUGCAGCACACAUCCCUUUAACGUGGAAACUAAAGACUGAGAAGACCCCCUUUCUAGCCCUUUUUUGUUCAUCUAGUGCAUGUUUUUCUGUGGACGAACAUGGCUAAUCUGAAGUGUCCAUGACUGUGUUGGUAUUUGCGUAUAGUUGUUUGAGAAGUUUUGAGUAUCACUGCCCCUUAAGUCUAACCGGGUGAUUGGCUGUCUUUACUCCGUACCUGCAGCGGUGAAACAGUGUGCAUGUGUAUGUGUUUGCGUCAGUGUGAAAUCGUUUGUUCCUGCCGUCUUUAUGAAGAUAAUAACGUGAUCCGUAAGCUAGUUCUCCAGCCAGUCAGAUACAAAGCCUAGAUUUACUCGAUCUGGCUCUUGACCACAAGCCUUAACUGAGUAGAAGUAAUUUUGGAAGAUGCUGACCUGGGUUUGUGGACACAGGCCAAACCCAGCCCUGGAACAGGUCUAUUUUGUAGUGGAUUUUCACUGACACUGUACGUUGUGCGUCCACGUGUUUAGGGCUGGUUCCCUGAACAUAAAUUAAGCUUAGUUCUGUACUAUACUGGAGUACCAUUGCCUGCAUGUGUGAUUUAGUCCAGGACUAGGUCUGGUCAGUGUCUGUCAGUGUUUGGAAGGAUUCCUCUAAUCAAGCAUUUAUGAAAUGGGCAGAGCCACCAUCUGCACAAUUCAGUAGUGGGGUGUUUUUUUGGCACAGAUUUAAACUAGACAUGAGGAUUAAAUUUGCUGAUAAUGAUAGUCCAUUUUAAUCCCAGACUAGGCUUGAUCUGUACCUAGAGAGCUGACUUUUCACACAGAUUACCAUGAAUCUUGAUGUUAAAUUUUUCUACUGCAAUGCCAGCAUUUAUGAAGGGCUUAUGCCAGCUCCCCCACACUUAUCAUUAUUUGAGCUCCAUUGUUUGAACAGGUUGAGUUGCAUUAGGUAUGUAGGGUAUCCUCUUGCAGAAAGAGAGAACGCUCUUUUUUGUUUUUUUUUUUCUUUUUCUUUUUCUUUGUUCAGAACUGGCUUGUGUGCUUGAGUGUUGUGGUCAAAUCUUCUCUCCCUUCAUUUACUCUUCCAAAGAGCUCCCAGAGCUUUUCUUUCAUCUCUGCUGUUUAAUGCUGCUGCUAUCACUACUGCUGCUGCUGUUGCUUCCGCCAAUUGAUUUUUCGUUCUGGCCUGCGCUUGUUGGCCCGACCCUUUUCUGGUAAUGACCAUCAUUUCGCUGUCUCCGCUUGGGCUUUUCCUGUCUCUUUUGCUUCAUCUGACCGUUGUCUUUGUUACAAAAGAAGUGCUUGUUUUCGUCGUGUACGGAAUGAGGCGUUCUGCAUGUCCGUAUGAUGUGAGCUAACUUGGUGCCUAAUGUUCACGUUUUGAGCAGACGUAGAAACCCACUUGCACUCUUCAAGCUCCCACCUUUGGUGUGCCUCACUUCCAACGGUGCUUUUUUCACUGGUCUGUCUUUCUUUCUUUUUGUUUGUAUGUUUUCUUUUUUGUUGUUGAUGUAUUUUUUUUUGUUUGUUUGUUUUUGUAAGGUGCUGUAAAUAACUUGAAUAUGUUAUGCACACAUAUCCUACCCAAUGGGUAGAAACCACAGAAAGACAUUGUUAAUAAUGUAAUAUAAUGUAUAGAUGGUAUAAAAAUUUAACACAGUGGUAUCAGGUUUGUAAAUGCCUACAGUUGAGAUGUGCUUUUGUUUUUUUUUUUUUCUGUCUUUUUCUUUUUGUUUGUAAACAAGGAGGUUUGCAAAACGAUACUUAAAUAUGAAUUACAGAAUGAUUAUAAAGUACUUAUUUUUUUUAUGAAUAAUAACCAUAUUAACAGUAUGAAUGGCAGUUGUUCUAGGACAAGAAACAUGCUUGAAGUAGAAUAUAAGGGUUUUUUUCUGUUUGUUUGUUUUUUUUAAAUCCUACCCCAAAUAACUUGCAGAAUUUGUACUACAUAGGGCUGGGCAGUAUAACGGUAGAAUCAGCAUACCAGUAGAAAUUUGUGCUGCAGUGUGGAUUUAACCGUAUCGUUUACACCCAAACUUUGGCGUUUACCACAAACGUUUUCAUUCAUAAACCAACAGAGGCAUUGGAGUAGCUAGCUAAUCGUACUUUAAAGGGCACUGAGGGCUUCUAAUCAAAUUGUGAAGUCGACAAAUUGUUUGGUUGGUUAUAAUAAUUUAACUAGGAAUUCAUGAUCAUUUAAUUAGUCUUAUUUCACCGAAUGAUAGCAAGUUUUUCAGUUCGUAUCGGAAACUGAGUAAAAUCUGUACAAUUUUAACAGUAAACUGCCUACGCCUGCAACAGUUAAUCAGGCCAGUACAGGCUGUAAUAGUGGAUUUUUUUCAUGUCUAGUCAAAAUAAUUGUAGUGUAAUUUAUUGUAAUCUCCACAUUCCCCAGGCACCAAAGUUGGAAAGGUGAUUUAGGACAUGAACCUACUUGCAGAAGUAGAUAUAAUGAAAGUGAUGUUUCUCUAAGUAACAGCGUACAAAUGUACAGAGAGCACUGACAUCAGAGCAGAGACUUUUUGGGAAUUGUUGAUUUAUAUCUGUAUUGCACAAAAAAAAAAAUUAAAAAUCAAUCACUGUCCAGACAUUUAGAAAGUGCGUAAAUAGUUUGAGGCACUUUGUAACAAAGUUAAACCCAAUUUAGUCUUAAACUUUAAAUCUCCAUACAACGCUAUGCUUCCUGCCUUUCAGCAAUCGGACAGUGGCAGUUCUACCAUUCAUAAUUUUGUAAUAUUUAUCAUUUUAGACAUUGUGUUACGUGGUAUGUUGGAACAAAACUGCAGUUUUAAUCGCAGACCGUUAUGUGGGGUCUCCACUGUAACUACCUGUUGAGCAUGUCCAUAAUUAUGUAACAGAUGAUGUACAUAGCGAUGCCAUUUUGUUUCUCCAAUGACCAAUGGCAGUUGUGUAGCCUUGAGAGGCCUACGGUGCGAGACUUUUGUUCCUCGCAUUAGUGGGAGGAGCUAGCGUGGACUGAAGCUGAUUGCACCUCAAUUUGUUUCUUCUAAAAGCAUCAGAUGCUUGUGCACACCACUGCUAACCGUAGCUUUUCAGCAUUAUUGGUCAGCGCAGGACUGCUUCCAUCAUGGACUUUGUAUCAUUGGGUUUUUAUUUUACGAAUUGUACCCCAGCAGAUUUGUUUCUUUAUCUGUGUGUAUGCAUAAGUGUGUAUGUGUAUUUUCAUAUACACAUACAUGCAUAUUAUGCUUAUAUACACAUUAAAAUGUGUAUUUUGCCUCUUUUUUAUUUAAGCAAUUGUGAUGUAAUAGGUUCUAGGCCUAAGGUCUGUUACUGCAAUACUUUUUCAGAAAAAAAGUAAAAGGACAAAAAAAUAGUCUAAAAAAUGUUGCUCUAAAUGCCGUUGUAGUCAAAGAUUUUAUGCUUGUACUGCUGUGGUCAAACCAUAGCAAAACAUUAAAACUUAAAAAUACUAA